GCAUAGGACAUGAACAUGGCGAGACCGACGACCUCUGCGCAGAAUCCCUUCUCGUCGUCGCCUGCAUUUGGCACACCCGUCCACCCAUUUCCGCCCACCGCGGGCAAACGGCCUCCGCCAGCCCCGCCAGCUUUCAAACCUCAGAUCGCAACCAUCCUACCCAUCCUCCUUCCGCCUGCGACUCUUCGUCCUGUGGCAUUCCGCACAUUCACCAAGAAGUACAGCCUGACCCUUAACUCCUCCGCACUCCAAGCUUUCGCCAGCUUCAUCGGCAAGCACUGUGGUUCAGCAUGGCGGGAAGAGGGGACUGGCGAGAAGCUGCUCGAGGAGGCCGCAAAAUUGUGGAAAGCGGAAAAUGGACCAGUCAUUGUGGAGGACGGCGAGAAGCUGAAGACAAUCUUGAGGACUUUGGAGGGAUCUAUGAGCAGUGGUCGCGUUGGCACGCCCAGGAGUGGGAACAGUCUCAAUCCGAGCAGACAGAACAGCUUCGCCUUUGGUAAUGAUUCUGCUGUGGAUAUUCUGGGAGAUAGACCCGAACUGGAACGACAGGGAAGUUCAUACGGCAUCAGUGGACUGCGUGUGCAGAGUCCUGCGUCGGGACCGGAAGAAGAAGAUCAUGGGAGUAGUGAGCCUAGGAAGUGGCUGAAAGUCAUCAGUGCAUUCGAACAGCCGCGAUUCACUUUCGAUAUGGACAAGAAGCACUUUCUGAGAGUUGAGAUAAAACCCACUCUGUUUCCAAAUCCGAGGCAGAAGACGGCCGUGUUCAAGGAGCGGUAUAACAUCAUACAUCAGAGACUGCUCAGAAAUCCAGCAUUCCAAGCACCUUCUAUAUCUGCCGGUGUCCCUACGCUCAAAAGGCAUGGGACCGUCACGGAGAGGACGUUCUACAAAAUCACACCAAUCGCGAAUCUGCUCGGUAGAGGAGGAAGCUCACAUUUGCUUCUCGGCAUGCUGGCCAUUGCACCAACAGGUACACUGGCACUGAAUGACAUGAGUGGGAGCAUCAGUCUGGACUUGCAGCAUGCAACGAGCAUGCAGGACGGCCAGCCAUACUUCUGUCCUGGCAUGAUUGUGCUAGUGGACGGAGUGUAUGAAGAAGAUUGGGCUGGUGCUGGAUCAAGUGGGCUGGGCAAUACUGGUGGUGUGGGAGGAACCAUUGGUGGGAGGUUUGUCGGAUUUGAGAUAGGCAGUCCCCCUGUCGAGAGACGUGAUAUCUCCUUAGGAAUCAAUCUGAAGGCAGAAGAUCUAGGAGGUGGAUUUGGAUGGGCUGACUUUCUGGGACUUGGAUCAGAGCGGGCGGUGGGAACGAGGAUGAAGAAGCUGGAGUCACGACUGGUAGGCCCAGAGUCCGACAUCGACGACGAUGCUCGGAAGAUGGUAAUUCUGUCAGGAGUGACGCUCGACCAACCUUCCACUCUCACCGCGCUCCGCAAACUGCUCGAACAGUACGAGGCAGCAGAACAGCUCCCUAUGGGCUUUGUCCUGGCGGGCGACUUCUCCAGCAAAGCCGCCAUGGCUGGUGCCGGCACUGGUUCGAUCGAAUACAAAGAGCUCUUCAAUGAACUUGCAGCUGUCCUGUCGGACUUCCCGGCCUUGCUCCGAAGCUGCACGUGGGUAUUCAUGCCCGGUGACAAUGAUCCCUGGGCAUCCUCAUUUAGUGCUGGCGCAAGCACACUACUGCCUCGCGAAGGCGUUCCGGACCUCUUUACAAACAGAAUUAAGCGUGCAUUCGCGAACGCGAAAGCUGAGGUGGGGGCAAAGAAGGGUGAAGCAGAUGGUGAAGCAAUCUGGACGAGCAAUCCUACAAGGCUAAGCUUCUUUGGGCCUGCUCACGAACUCGUAAUUCUUAGAGACGACAUAUCUGGUCGCUUUCGGAGAAAUGCCAUCCGUUACGGUCAAGCUACGAAACAAGCAGAGUCGCAGACGGACAGUGCUAUUGUGCUGCCUGACUCCGACGAGGACAUGACAAUGUCAGGGGCAUUGCCUACAACGGAAUCGGACGAACUUGAGGAUACACGCAUGGCCUUCGACGCUGAUUCGCCACCAGCUGCUCUCGCUGAGACGGUUCCAUCGGAGUCUUACAACAUCCAAGAGGCGAAGCGGCUCAUCCUCUCGCUGCUUCCUCAAUCUACGGUUUCACCGUUUCCGCUCACAGUGCGUCCCGUUCAUUGGGACUAUGCGCCCUCUGCUUUGACACUGUACCCACUACCGCACGCGUUAGUUGUGGCAGAUGCGGAUGCGCCCCCAUUCGCAAUCACCUACGAAGGCUGCCACGUUAUGAAUCCCGGCAGGCUCGUGGAGGGAGGUGGGAAAAGGAAGAAGGUGCAAUGGAUUGAGUAUGACGUGUGGACCAAGCGAGGCGGCGUCAAGGAGUUAUGGAUGGGAUGAGUGAGGAUUCAUACAACUUGAGAUACCUAUUGCCAUCGCGAUGUAUCGAGAAAGGAUUCCGGAGCGGACACUGCCUGCUCGCGCUCUCUGCAUGGUCAGGUGCGUAUGACAGUGUUCUCGCUCUUGAUGGCAAAUCACGCUUGAUGGCGAGGCGCACCUGCACUGUACUGCUGCACCUGCACUUUGUCGAAAGAACAACAAGCAGACUCCAACCUGCAACUCUUGGAGCCCGCCAUUCAACCAUAAAGUAUCGACACAAUCUGCAAACCGUACAGCAGUGAGCUCUUCCCAGAUAAUCCACACCCAUUGCAGGACCACGCCUAUUCCCCCUAUACAAGCAGCUUUCCGCCAGCACGAUGUCUCCAAAAUCCCCACCAGCCCGGAAGGAGGAUCGGAACGAGGAAUCUAGCUCGACGGCCUCCAAUACGCACACCCAGACCGCCGAUGAGUCGACUCCUUCCACUAUCUUCGAAGGCCCGCUGCAGGAAGGAGUUGCCAAUCUUGUGGGAAUGGAAGAAGAUAUCGUGGCCGAGUUGACUCAGGACACUCCCUCUGCUGCACGGCCAUUGAUAAGACGCAGCACGUCCAGUGCAUUGCGGGAGCGCCAGCAGGCACACCUGUCCGCUGCGCGACCUGUGGAAGCAUGCAGCCCUUCCGUGCCAACGUUCCGUGAAGUGCAACAGCGCGAGCAACGCAUGCUGGAGGAACUUGCUACGCUGCAGGAGCAGGCUAGGACGGAUGACUCGCGGCGCUCGCGUGAGCUUGAGCAAGUAGCUUUCACCCUCCGCCGCAUCGAGGAACAACAAAAGGUUCAGAUGAGUGUCCAGACUCAGCUCAUGAAUGCACUCGUUGGCAUGGACUUGCAGGCACGCGAGACUGUAGCAACGGCAGCGGCUACUCAAUCUCAUGCAGGAGAUGAGAAUGUGGACCCUCUCUCACCACUAUCAGGCAGCCCUGCUGCUGAGAUAGGCUUUCAGCUCCCGGAAGCCACCGAAACAGUCCGAGCUACAGCAUCCAGUCAGCCACAGCCAUCUCUCGCCGACGAUACAGAUCAGGACAAGUCCCGGAAAGACAGUGUAGCAAGGUCGUCUGUCUCAUCUCAGCCCAGAAAAGUUUCCAGGCUCGGGUCGAUCAACGAGGUACUCAAUGCCAAUGUCAAACCGUCACCUGGCGCUUCCAGUUCUACUACGAAGAUAUUUGCGGCUGGGACGGUGUUCGAGGGCAGAGAAGAGCUUGAUGAAUGUCUGAACAGGGAGGGAUUGAAGUCCGAAGUUGAUGCCGUGGGGGAAAUGGUGGUCUAGAAGAACGACAGGAUGUACAAGAUCCCUCAUGUCACAGGCAUGGAACCAAUUGAGGUCAGGACUGCAAUUACAUCCGGAUCUGAGUCGCCCAAGGCAACCCCUCAGGAGUCCGGAAACUAUAUUGAUCCGGAGACAGGCAUGGACACUGGUGGAACACGGGAGCAGUAUGAGGAGUAUUUGGAGAUUGAAGCGAUGAAGGACAGCAUCGAUGAUGAUUACUAGAUGGUGAUGAAUACAUGUACAUUGGCAGAUGAACAACUACUAUCAUUGGCAGGUGGAGAAGUACAUGUACUAUACUAU